CAUUUGAGACAUCCCAAACUCAAAUGGGGUUUGCUCUGAUCCACCAAAACACAUCCACCAACACAACCACCACCACCACAACGGGAGAGAGAAGAGGCCGGAGAUCAAAGCAAGCGGAGCCAGGGAGGUUCCUAGGAGUCCGGAGACGUCCAUGGGGUCGUUACGCAGCCGAGAUAAGAGAUCCAACCACCAAAGAACGUCACUGGCUCGGCACUUUCGACACAGCUCACGAAGCUGCUCUUGCCUACGAUAGAGCCGCUCUUUCAAUGAGAGGCACUCAAGCUCGAACUAACUUCGUUUACACUCCAACUGAUGUUCACACCAUCCUCACAAACCCUAAUCUCCACUCUCUCAUUGUCUCUCCUUACAACAACAACCAAUCUUUUUUACCAAACUCUUCUCCACAGUUUGUUAUCGAUCAUCAUCCUCAUUAUCAAAACUAUCAACACCCACAACAACCUAAACACACUCUCCCCCAAACUGUCUUACCUGCGGCUUCUUUCAAAACGCCAGUUCGUCAUCAAAGCGCGGAUAUUCAAUCGUUUGGUAAUAGUCCUCAAAACUCAUCUUCUAACGGCUCGUUAUCUUCUUCACUAGACGAAGAAAACAACUUCUUCUUCUCGUUAACAAGCGAAGAACAUAAUAACUCCAAUAACAACUCGGGUUACUUGGACUGCAUUGUUCCAAACCACUGCCUUAAACCACCUCCGGAAGCCGCCACCACCCAAAAUCUAGCCGGAGUUAGUUUCACAACUCCGGCAGCAAGCAAAACCUCUGAAUCAUACGGAGGGUUUAGUAAUAGCUACUUCGAAGAUGGUGAGAUGAUGAAUCAUCAUCAUCAUGAGUUUGGUUCGUGUGAUCUCUCUGCCAUGAUCACUAACUAUGGUGCUGCUGCUACUUCAAUGUCAAUGGAAGAUUACGCGAUAAUGGAGCCGCAAGAUUUAUCUUCUUCUUCUCUCGCUGCUUUUGGAGAUGUUGUUGCAGACACUACAGGCUUCUACUCAGUCUUUUAGGAUAUUCUAUAUUACAUUUCUGUUUUAUAUAUAUGCAAUAAUAUUAUUAGUAUUUACGUUAUUCGAUGGUCGUUUGAUUUUUGUUCUUAGCUAUAUGUUACCGACUUUAUUAUAUAAAUCCUGCUUAUUUGU